GAGAGAGAGUGUCUCUGUCUAUCUGGGUGUCUCUAUAUCAAUUCAAUUUAAUCAACUCGAGGACUUUAUUUGCAUGGGAAACAUAUGUGUCUCUCUAGCAGGAUAGUAGGAAGGGACUACCUGGUUGGGACAGGCCCAGCGGUUCUAUUCCCGGGCUCAGCGGUUUUGUCAAAUCACCGGACUUUGCAUUUGAACAAUUUCUACAUGAGUCACGUAAACCAGAUUUCUAUUUUUCCGGGUAAAACACAAGCACAUCCAGGGUGCGCGCUUCGGAGUGGACGUCAGUCAGUGCGCGUGUCAGUCAAUCCAACCCUUCCGGACAAAGAGAGAGCGCCUCACGUUCACAUCCCCUCUAGAGGAGCGCUCCGCGAGCCACGGUCCCGUUCUGUCCCGUGCGCCUGGAACUCCCUGUUGCUGUUCACACCUCUCUCCGCCAGCCCGCGCGAAUAACGGACGACCCUUCGUGCUCUCCGUGGCAAUGUUGACUGACAGAUGAUUUGACAGAGGAAGACAGCAGCGAUAGUCUCUGUGGUUAAUAUGGGCUGUGCCCACUGUAAACAGUACAAUGCUGCAGCCAAGGCAGCCGAGGUAUCUGACCCAUCUCCAAGCAACAGCCCUGACGGGGGUGUGUCUAAAGUGUUAGCCCUGCCCCUUUACCACCCUGACCCCACCCACCAGACUAUACCUGACUUCAACAAGCCAUUUGGCUCUGCCUGUUUCCCCAACACCAACACACAGCCCCGUGCAGGGGUCAUCACAGGUGGAGGUGUGACUCUCUUCAUAGCGUUGUAUGACUAUGAUGCUCGUACUGAAGAUGAUCUGUUCUUCCAGAAGGGAGAGAAGUUCCACAUCCUCAACAACACAGAGGGGGACUGGUGGGAGGCCCGGUCGUUGAACACGGGGAUCUCAGGAUACAUCCCUAGUAACUACGUCGCUCCUGUAGACUCCAUACAGGCUGAGGAGUGGUAUUUUGGGAAGAUGGGGAGGAAGGAUGCAGAGAGACAGCUCCUGGGUCAGGGGAACCCCCGAGGAACAUUCCUUAUCAGAGAGAGUGAGACCACCAUCGGUGCCUACUCUCUGUCUAUCUGUGACUGGGAUGAUGGUAAAGGUGCCCAUGUCAAGCAUUAUAAGAUUAGGAAGCUGGACAGUGGAGGAUAUUACAUAACAACACGCACACAGUUUGACUCUGUGCAACAGCUGGUGGAGCACUACAAAGGCAGUAACGAUGGGAUGUGUCACUUCUUGACCACGCCCUGUCCCAAUUCAACGCCCCUCACCCUGGGUUUGGGGCGGGACGCCUGGGAGGUUGCCCGGGAAACGCUGGCCCUAAACAAGAAGUUGGGUCAGGGCUGCUUCGGAGAUGUCUGGAUGGGUAUGUGGAACGGCACCACCAAGGUAGCAGUGAAGACGUUGAAGCCAGGCACCAUGUCUCCAGAGGCCUUCCUAGAAGAGGCUCAGAUCAUGAAGAGACUGAGACAUGACAAGCUGGUGCAGCUGUACGCUGUGGUCUCUGAAGAACCCAUCUAUAUCAUCACAGAGUUCAUGAGCCAAGGAAGCCUACUGGACUUCUUGAAGGAUGGGGAAGGAGGGAAUCUGAAGCUGCCUCAACUGGUGGAUAUGGCUGCACAGAUAGCGGCAGGCAUGGCGUAUAUAGAGCGAAUGAACUACAUCCAUCGUGAUCUGCGAGCGGCUAACAUUCUGGUCGGGGAAAAUCUGGUGUGCAAGAUCGCUGACUUUGGUCUGGCCAGACUCAUAGAGGACAAUGAGUACACUGCCAGACAAGGAGCCAAGUUCCCCAUCAAGUGGACUGCUCCUGAAGCAGCUCUAUACGGGCGUUUCACCAUCAAGUCUGACGUGUGGAGCUUUGGUAUCCUGCUCACUGAGCUCAUCACAAAGGGACGCGUACCUUACCCAGGUAUGAAUAACCGCGAGGUCCUGGAGCAGGUGGAGAGAGGCUACAGGAUGCCCUGUGCGGUGGGUUGUCCUGCUUCCCUCCAUGAGCUGAUGGUACAGUGUUGGCGCAGAGAUGCAGACGAGAGACACACCUUUGAAUACCUGCAAGGCUUCCUGGAGGACUACUUUACUGCUACUGAACCCCAGUACCAGCCUGGAGAGAACCUGUGACCACGCCCACACGCACACGCACAUACAGACACGAGUGUUCACAGACAGACACUCACUCACAUAAAUACAGACACACACACACACACACACACACACACACACACACACACACACACACACACAGUUUUUGUAGGCUGUAGCGUGCCAGAUUGUGCCUUAAAUCUUUACUCAGUGUGAUAUGAUGAUGAUGAUGAUGAUGAUGUCUUCACUUCCAAUGCUUUUUACUGUUUAACCAUCUUUCAUGUCAAAGUGGAUUUUUACUGUAAUCCUUUCUUAAAUAUAUAUUUUAUUUUUUCGGAGUUUCUGAAUCUGCCGGGUAAAUGCUGCCAGAGGCGUGCUGCCCAUAGGGGGCACGUGUCCCCUCAAAGAAUGUGCCCUGUUUAAAAACAUUUAAGAAAUAAAAUUAUAUAUAUAUAUAUAUA